AUAGAUUGUCGGGGUCGGAGAAGAGGACUUGAAACCCUAGGUGCCUCGACGAUCGCGCUGGCGUUCGCCGGCCAGUGGCCUCCGCCGCCAUGGUGCUGGGCAAGAUCGCCAUAGUUAUAGGCUCCGGAAUCGUUGGGACAGUACUCACAACCGGAGAUGCCAAGAUUGCGCUCCCCGAUUUUAGGGAUGUGCUCUCUGGUGCCUUGAAGUUUGUGACCAGGCAAGAUAAAAAGGAUGGCCCAUCAACCAGCAGCCCUCACACUGCUCACUUGCUAUCUCAGGUCAAUCAUCUCAGAGAGGAGCUCCAACUUCUGGCCAGGUCAAAUCAAGUUGCUAUUGUCACCGUCGAUGGUAGACCAGGCCCUGGCGCUUAUGGUAUAACAGCUGUUGUUGCUGGGGCUCUCGGCUAUCUAUACAUAAGGUGGAAGGGUUGGAAACUUUCUGAUUUGAUGUUUGUGACGAAGCGUGGUUUAUCUGAUGCCUGCAAUGUAGUUGGCAAACAAUUGGACCAGGUUUCAGAUAACGUAAAUGCUGCAAAGAGGCAUCUGGCAGGAAGAAUAGAUCGUGUAGAUUGUACUUUAGAUGAAUGCCAGGAAAUUACAGAAACCACAAGAAAAGAGGUUACAAUCAUCCAUGGAGAUAUAAGUGCCUUCCAGGAGGAAAUGCAGUCAGUUCAUCUUGUGGUUCGUACUCUGGAAACAAAGCUUGGACGACUUGCAUGUACCCAAGAUCGUACAACACGAGGAAUUUAUGACUUAUGUGAGUUCACAAAAAGGUUGGACAAGAGCCCAAAAGCUGACACUCAUCAGGUAACAUCAUCAACUCCUCUUCCAACUAUUGAAUCGCCACAGAGAAUUGCAAAGGCUGCUUCUUUGCCUCUGAGUUUGGAGCCAGAGUUUUCUGUCACUCAAUCACCUGUAAUAGAGUCACCUAAGGCUGUCCAUUCUCCUACAGCUAUUUCAGCAUCAGGACUGAGUAUGCUAGCUGAAACAUCAAUGCCACCUAAAAGGGGUAUUUUGAGCCGAGCAAGUUCUAUAAAAGAAGGAUCCCUGGAGCCAUCAAAUCGGGCGUCAAGUUCAGGCGAACCAACCAUUGGGAGGCAUGUUUCGAAUUCAAGACUGUUUGGAGGGUUUGGAUUUUUAAAGAGUUCUGCCAGUUGAGAUACGUGGCAUUGUCACGGUUUUUACUCAAAGAAGAAAUUGGCUUGACCUUCUUACUCCCCCCUGUAUAUGUACUACUACUAGGUGCUAGUAGAAAAAUAUGGCAGUUAGCAAUGGGGCAUCACUUUGCCCUAUUGGAAGUGCCAAAUUUUUGUAGAAAUGAAUGAAUCUACACCCAAUACAUUAGAGAACAAUGCAGAGAUAUCUGCCUGCCGGUUGUGGUUGUAAACAAUUUGGUGCAGAAAGAGACACCUGAUAGCUGCAGUAAUUUAUAAUUUGGGAAGGUUAUAUGUUAUAGCAGUAGGAAUCAAUUAUGGCAUACAUGCACGUUUUGGCCUACUGUAUCACUGAUUAUUGAUUUCAGAUUUGCAGUACUUCCAAGUUAGGUACCGUGUAUGAUCGAUUUGUACUCCACCCAGUGUGUAUGUUUUUUUACGAGCCAUAUUUGCCAGCCUAGAUAUUGUAAUAUACUAAUAUCCUUGUUAUUGAUGGACGGAG